AUGGUCCAGCGGGAGUUCUCCAUUCCCCCUCGGAUUGUGGGCAACAGGUCCCAAAACCAGAUCAUGAAGUCCAACGUUUGGCUCCGACUGAAAUGGCAAGACUAUCAGCUGAUGUGGGAUGAGUCGGACUACAGAGGAAUCCACGUCCUUCGGCUGCCACCGGACAAGGUCUGGAAGCCCGACAUCGUGUUAUUCAACAACGCUGACGGCAACUACGAGGUGCGCUACAAGUGUAACGUGCUCGUCCACUCGAACGGCGACGUCCUGUGGAUCCCUCCGGCCAUAUACCAGAGUUCGUGCACGAUCGACGUCACCUACUUCCCGUUCGACCAGCAGACGUGCGUCAUGAAGUUCGGCUCGUGGACCUUCAACGGCGACCAGGUGUCGCUCGAACUGUACGAAUACAAAGAGUUCGUGGACCUCUCUGACUACUGGAAGUCUGGCACGUGGGACAUCGUCGAGGUGCCCGCCUACCUCAACUACAAGAACCAGACGUCGCCCAAGGAAACAGACAUCACGUUCUGGAUCACGAUCCGGCGCAAGACGCUCUUCUACACGGUGAACUUGAUCCUGCCCACGGUGCUGAUCUCGUUUCUGUGCGUGCUCGUGUUCUACCUUCCGGCUGAGGCGGGCGAGAAGGUCACCCUGGGCAUCAGCAUCCUGCUCUCCCUGGUCGUGUUCCUGCUGCUUGUCUCCAAGAUCCUGCCGCCCACGUCGCUGGUGCUGCCCCUCAUCGCCAAGUACCUGCUUUUCACCUUUGUGAUGAACACCUUCAGCAUCUUGGUCACGGUGGUCAUCAUCAACUGGAACUUUCGGGGACCGCGCACGCACCACAUGCCCAACUGGGUGCGGGUCGUUUUCCUCAGGUACACGCCCAUAUUCUUGUUCAUGAAGCGCCCCAAAAAGACGCGUUUGCGAUGGAUGAUGGAGGGUCCGGGCGUGGCGGGCCGCGGCGACGGCGCUGUGCCCUCGUUCGGUGGCGGCGUCGGCCUGUCGUCGCAGUUCGCGCAGGCCAAGCUGGACUCGAUGGAGCUGUCGGACCUGCACCACCCGAACUGCGCAGCCGGCCGGGACGCGCCGCCGCCGCAGACCGACGCGCGCCGCGACAGCGACGCCUCCGAGUCGCUCUUCCUCACGGCCGAGGCCUACAAGGCCACCGAGGCCGUCGAGUUCAUCGCCGAGCACCUGCGUAACGAGAACGAGUACAUCCAGAUCCGUGAGGACUGGAAGUACGUCGCGAUGGUGAUCGACCGCCUCCAGCUGUACCUGUUCUUCGUAGUCACCACGGCUGGAACAAUCGGCAUCCUUAUGGAUGCGCCGUACAUCUUCGAGUACGUCGACCAAGACACUAUCAUCAAGAUAUACCAGGGCCGGUAGAGUGCAUCUGUCAUCGUCUCAAAAGCGGCAGCCGCCAGAGUCUGCGCUGAUUGGCAGACCAUGCGGAAGGCGUUGGCCUUUGCAACUGGACGUCGAUAGAUGUCGAACCAGACGAGCCGUGCUGGAUAUAGAUGGCGCUAGCAUCGGCCUGGCGCCGCCGGCGGGCAGCAGACACAACGGGUCACCGCCGCUCCUUUAAGAAACUAUCCCUGGUCGGGCGCCGGUCCGAGGUGACCGUGGCAUCUCACUCCUACUGAAAACAAUGGAGCGUUGCCCGGCGUCCGCCUGAUAGCCGGGGCGGGAGCGGUAUCUCCUCCGCUCCUGGUCAGCGGCGGGUCAGGAGUCGUGUCAGGACCUCUGUCCAGUGCGGGAACGGCAUCUCCUCCGCUCCUGGUCAGGUGCGGGCCAGGAAGUGUGUCCGGACCCUUGUCAGGGCGGGCCAGGAGCUGUGCCAGGACCCUUGUCAGGGCGGGUCAGGAGCUGUGCCAGGACCCCUGUCAGGGCGGGCCAGGAGCUGUGCCAGGACCCCUGUCGGGUAACGGCAGGGCUGCCGGGUCGACGUAAGGCCCACACCCGGCACCAGUGACCUGAUGUGAGCCACCUCGGGUCCACCUCCGCGGACGUGGACGCCGGUGCGUUCCGUGCUGACGGGAGCAGCGGCAGCCGGGGCACGCUGCGCGAUCCGUCACGGGUCCGCCUCGGCUAGAAGAUCGAUAGGUGUUUCGCGACAGAAAAUGCUCAAUUUGGCCGGUGGUCGCGGCAUGCUAGAGAGCGAUGUACACGUGUGCACUGGCCGUGCCUGCUGUGCUGCCUACUGCCAUGUAUCAGUAAGCAAGCGCUGAACGCGCACGCUAGCCGAGGGACUGUUUUGUACUGGUUUGCGGGAGCGGCGUCACAUGAUAAGCUCAGCCCAGCCGCCGCAGCGCGGCGAGGAUGGCGCAGCGGCAAAGCUUUAGGAAAUGCGGAGUGUGUUGACAGACCGCGGCCAACUGAGUGCUGUGAGUGCGUGCGAAUGUUCAGCAAUGCUUGCCCGCCGACGCGGUAUGUCUCGCUGGAGCUGUUGUGAUUUGUACGACAAAGCCCCGCUUGUUCCUAUUGGUGUUCGAUAUUACGUGCGAGGUGAAGUUUGCAUAUAUGCUUGCGUCUGCACCUAAACCACCCGAAAAUCGGAAAAACCGCUUCGGCCAUGUAAGAAUAAUGAACGUUUAGUUUUCAAUACGACAGUUCUUUAUUUGAACGCAAACGAAUCCGGUUGAGUGAGCAUUUUACCAAUUUUAAUUGCCAAGGUGGAAAUCACGGGUUUGUGUUUGGUUUAUCGAAACGAUUGUGUCCACCACGAAACGAUUGUGUGAUUUCAUUGGGUUAAAAAAUUUAGAAUAGAAACGACACUUAUUAUCCAUGUGGCGCAUUUCAUUUGCAAGCGUUUCACUUCACGUUCUAGUAAUCCUGCAAAGAUUCGGUCCCAGCAUGGGAACUGCAUGAUACGAAUACGAGUUAGAAGAAUGCACAUCAUGGCCGCAUUUUAUUCAUGACGUUAUGUUGUUACCGAAGACAAGGCCAAAAACCAAUAUAUCAGUUAACGAUAUCUUGGGUUUGAAAGGCUGCGGUGGGGAAUCAGAACCGUUUGAGGUAAAAUCUAAAACGUUGUUAUACCAGGCCAUAAAAACUGUUGGAUGUAGAGGUACAUUACGCCUGUUAUCUCCAACUUCGUAUUUUAAGAGCAUUAGAAAGUUGUGAACAAUGUUUGUUUAGAUCAAUGCAAUAUAAUGCAAGCGGUUAGCUGAAAAACCUCAGAAAUGAUCUUUUUUCAAAAACGUAAAGCCACAGUCCGAAGUGGCUGCGUAUUAUCCAAUGACCGGCUUGUGACACACCGGUCCGGGCUAAGUGCACCAAAGAUCACAAGAGUGUUCAGCUCCCAAAAACAUCAGCAGAAACGCGCUAAAGUGCUUGUUUGUGCUGUCCAGUUCAA